AUGGCAGUCAUAUCGCUUGCUGUGGUCGUCGUCGCCAUCACAGUCUACCUCAUCAUCAAGAAGAUCGAGUCGGUCCAGAAGAACAAGGCUUUUGCUUCGGCAAGCAAGCUCCCAGGGCCAAAGGGUCUACCCAUCAUUGGAAGUGUCCAUGAGCUACCUGAGAAGUGUAGCUGGAUGAAGUUUGCAGAAUGGGCUGAUGAGUAUGGACCUAUCUAUCAAGUCAACCUUGCCGGCCACAACCACGUUUGGAUCGCCCGCGAUAAGAUCGCCCACGACUUGCUGUCCAAGCGCAGCGCCAUCUACUCCGACAGGCCCUUCAUUCCCGCGCUCGAGCACGACAACCGUACCUCAGGCCAGUACCUUCCAUUGAUGAGCAAGAACCUCGUCUGGUCGCGACAACGACGAUUCGCGAAACAGAUCAUGGAUGUUUCAGAAAAGCAAAACUUCUACAGCUAUCCCGAGAUUGAGGCUACGCGUCUGCUGUUCGAGAUGAUGUCGGAUCCCUCGCAGUAUAACGUCGCCAUGGAAUCAUUUGUCGCGAGAGUCACCAGCCGACUUGCUUGGGGCACACCAGCCGCGAGUGACGAACUCAAACAGCGCGCCCGUGAGCUUCUCAUUGGAGUGUCGCCAAGUGGUGCGUUAGGCAACAAGAUCCCCGCCAUCAUGUCUUUGCCCGAGAACAUGGUCAAAGCCAAGGCUUGGGAAUUGCGACGAGGCCGGACCGAGAAGAAGUUCUUUGAGAUCAUGCAGGAGGAGGUGCGACAAUCGGUGGAGCGCGAGGAAGAUACAUCGACUUCUCUGCUUCCCACUGUGCAGCCGAAACAAUCAUGGACACGAAUGUACCUCGAGCACUCGAAGAGCUGGGGCUUCUCAUCCGAUACUGAAGGCGCUUACGCUGUCGGCAUGCACGGUAUCGCUGGAGCUCUCACCAUUGCAGCUCCCAUGCAAUCGUUCUGCCUCGCCAUGUGCCACUACCCGCAAUAUCAGUCAGUCCUUCACGAGGAGAUUGACCGUGUCCUUGGCGACCGUAUGCCGACCUUCGACGACAUGCCAGAGAUGCCGGUUCUCCGCGCCUUCAUCCGAGAGACACUUCGCUGGCGUCCACCAGUGCCAACUGGCAUCCCUCAUGAGGUGACCCAGGAUGAUGUUUACGAAGGCUACCACAUCCCCAAGGGAAGCGUCAUCCACCCACUGGAGUGGUCCAUCAGCAGAGAUCCUGCAGUCUUCCCCGAGCCGGACGACUGGAACCCAAUGCGAUGGCUGCACUCGGACUAUCCAACCUACGAGGAGCCACUCACCAGGUACCCUACUAUCACCCAAUACUCGCAAUUCGGCUACGGACGACGCACCUGCCAGGGUAUGGGCGUUACUGAGGCCGAUCUGUUCGUCAGUCUUGGAAGCGUUGCCUGGUUGUUCUCCAUGCAGGCCGACGAUGAGACUGCUGUGAAGACUGAAGCGCAGCCUGAGCCACAGCAACAGGCACAACCUCAGGCCGAGCCCGAAGCACCUGUCGACGAUACCUUUUCGGAAAUCGACUCGAUUGGAGCUCCUUCGACGCCAAUGUCGCGGAGAAGCACUUUCUUCUCCAACGAUGCACCUGCCGACCUCAUUUCGUUCGAGAAUGAGGCUGCCGGCGACUGGUCGCCGUCCACCAACCCGAAGAGGCUCAGCAUGCAUCUCAAUGACUCUGCCAUCAGCCUCUUCAACUCGGACUACCCUGCUAGCGACGGCAGCCACGCAUCGCCAGCGAAAGAAGACUCCAACAUCCGCGUCGCAGGCGAAUGGCCAGGUCUGUCCACUGACCCAGAAAAGGAAUACGUCGACCUCUUCGGCCCGCUCAUCGACGAGCCCGAGCCAGCGCUCCCACCAGUCGACGGCCCAACCCUCACCCCCGACUUGCCCGGCGCAUGGAACUUCGCCAAGGUCGACGUCGAAGAAGCCCCCAAGCCAAAGAAGCAGGCUCCCCUCUACGAGACGGAUCCUACAUACAACUUCUCCACUCUCCUCAUCGCGAAGCCGAUGCCAUUCAAAUUCAAGCUCACCAUCCGCAACCAAGCGCGCGCAGAGAUGGUCGCGAGGCAGUGGAUCGACAGGAAGCUGGAGGGAGAGUAUCAAGAGGCGAAGGUCUACUGGAAGAAUGGAACGCAGGGUGACGCUGAGCAUGGGUAA